AUGAUGACCACGUUAACGCCAACCACCAUGCACAACCUCAUGAUCCCCACCACUACCACCGCCGCUAAACCCACCGUAGCCUUCACCACUCCGCCAAACUACGCUACCAGGCUUUCCCACCUAUUAACUCUCAAAUCCUUCACUCCCUUAUGGUGCCCCACCAUAAUCACCGAACCCACCCCACAAACUCUCUCCUCUCUUGCCCUGCAUCUCUCCCCUCACUCCAUCUCUCUCCUCUCCGCCAUUGCUUUUCCUUCCCGCACCGCCAUCACCGCAUUCUCAACCGCUUCUCUCUCGCUCCCAACCCCUCUCUUACCACCUCACGAAGACACAUUUAUCAUAGCGGCACUUGGCAAAGAUGUGGAACUGAUAGACACAACUUUCUUGCUUAAUUUUUGUGGUGGUGAUAUUAGUAGAGUAAAAGUUAUAGCUCCUACAAUAGCAACACCUAGCUGGCUCGUCCAGUUGCUUGGAACUGGACGCGGCCGGAAGUUGUUGUGUCCAGUCCCACGAGUUGUGGGACUAGAAGAGCCUCCAGUUGUUCCGGAUUUUCUCCGGGAACUGGAGGCUGCGGAAUGGGUCCCAAUUAGAGUUGAUGCGUAUGAGACACGGUGGUUGGGGCCUAUCUGUGGGAAGGGAAUUGUGGAGAGGAGUGAGGAGGGAUUGUUGGAUGCUAUGGUGUUUACCAGUAGUGGAGAAGUGGAGGGAUUAUUGAAGAGUUUGAGAGAGUUUGGGUGGGAGUGGGAGAUGGUGCGGAGGAGGUGGCCUAAUUUGGUGGUGGCAGCACAUGGGCCGGUGACAGCGGCAGGGGCUGAGAGGUUGGGAGUAAAUGUUGAUGUUGUGAGUGGAAGGUUUGAUAGUUUUCAAGGUGUUGUGGAUGCUGUUGAUGCCAAGUUGAGAGGUUUGGGUUCUACCUGUAUGUGA